AUGGCCAUCCAGCUCAAGCAUACUACCCAUUGUCUCUGCAGCAUUCUCCUGCUGGUGUUCUUGAUGUCCCAAGCGAAGGCGGAGCCGUGCAAAUGCCCCGACUCCGACCAGCAAGAUCGCUGGGCUGACAUGGGUGAUCUCGGUUUACAAUACCAUCUGAUCGACCAAGACUCCGGGCUCGUACGGACGGUUGGCUCCAACCUCCUCCGCGACCUGUCUGACUCGGACGCGAAGAACAAGAACCACACCUGGGUAUUGUCUACAAUCGACGGAUCGGUGGCACUAUUGAACCAUCGCAACUCCCCCGGAGCGGAGGCGGCGUCUUUCGUCAUCACCAUCGUCUACCAGCCGCUGUGGAACCAGAACCAAAGCGGUAUCACUUUCCUCAUCCUCCCCGCCGAGGCUCUAGAGGAUCUUGAGGCGCAUCAGCACGGGUCAAACGGCUCACUGGCGAAGCAACUGGUGGCCAGGGCCAACAUGGUUGGCCCGCUCGACUUCUCAAAAGAAGACUUAUACCAGAGCUCGAGCGCCAUCAACGGCGAGGUCUCCGUCAAUAUCGGUGUGCUGGCUAACCACGCCAGGCCAAGGUCGUCCGAUGGUAUCAUGGCUGUCGAUAUCAGCUUCGCCUCUAGCUCUGACGAAAACUACCUUUCCAUGUUGUACACCGUGUGCAUCAAAUACAACCAUUUCGAGCGCCGCCUGUCGGUGUACAUGGGCGUAGCGGAAGAUCCCCAGCCUGACAACGCCAUAGCCGAGGUGCACCUCAACAUCAGCACUGUCGUCUCCCAGAACGUCUACUUCGGCCUCCUUUCCACGGUGGCGCAGAAGCUCCACAUGGGCGCCGGAGGAUUUCGUGCCACAAUUCUGUACUACAUACCCCGUGCCUACGACAACAACCGAGGCUCCCUGUCCAGGAAAGUGACUAUACUAUCCUCAGUCCUUGGGUCCGCAGCCGCCACGGCCGCGCUGGCAGCCGCCAUCGCAUACUACUUGAACUCCAAGUACCGGCAAAGGCGGAAGGAGCUGGAAAAGCUGGCGAGGUCCAUGGAGCGCCUCCCGGGGGUGCCGAUCCAGGUUGAAUUCGCCGACAUCAAAAAGGCCACCCGCAAUUUCCACGACGACAUGAAGCUUGGGGCAGGUGGCUUCGGCGCAGUCUACAGAUGCACACUCCCCGCCGCCGCAUCCAAGACAGGGCAACCCAUGGAGGUGGCUGUCAAGAGGUUCACACGGCGGGGCGAGCAGAACCGCUGCUAUGAUGACUUCCUCGCCGAGGUCAGCAUCAUCAACCGGCUGCGCCACAAGAACAUCGUCCCCCUCGUCGGGUGGUCUUACCACAAAGGAGAGCCGCUGCUUGUUUUCGAGUUCAUGACCAACGGCAGCUUGGACCAACACCUCUUCCCCAGAGCUGCCGGCAGCGCCAACGCAGCCAUCCGGCGAUGGGCCACCCGGUACGAGAUCGUGAGGGGCAUAGCCACCGGCCUGCACUACGUUCACCACGAGUACGAGCCCGUUGUGCUUCACCGCGACAUCAAGGCGAGCAACAUCAUGCUCGACUCGUCCUUCUGCGCCCGCCUCGGUGACUUCGGGCUGGCCUGCACCGUGGCCGUCGACAGGAACUCUGCCACCGGCGUCGGUGGCACGUGGGGCUACAUCGCGCCAGAGUACGCGUAUUGCGGCAAGGCGACGCGGCAGACCGACAUCUACGCGCUUGGGGUGCUCAUCCUGGAGGUCGUCACAGGCAAGCGGGCGCUUCUGGCAGCUGAUCUGGUGGUCGAUGAGGACGAUGUCCAUAUCACGGACCGGGUGUGGCGGCUCCAUCGCGAGGGGAGGCUGGGAGAGUGUGUGGAUACUGUGCUGCUAGCUGCUUCUUCCGAGGACAAUGACAGCGACGAGCAGCUGGCCGGUCUUGGCGAAGACACAGAACGGCUACUGCUCCUGGGAUUGGCAUGCAGCAACCCGAACCCAUCGGACCGGCCAUCAAUGCCUGACGUGGUGCAGGUCAUCGCCAAGUCGGCCCCGCCCCCGGAGGUGCCAUCCCAGAAGCCAAGAUUUGUGUGGCCGCCGCCGGAAUGGGAUGCCAACACAGGUGAUGAUAGCACAAGCACAGCGAUGGCGACGACUAAUCCGGACAGCAGGAGUAGAGUAAGCAUGGACGAGCUGCAGACGUUGGGGAUGCCGCCGACUGCGCCAGCACCCGCCGCAGUAGGACAUGCCUCGUUUGAACUAGAGCACUCAGUGUAUGCCACAGCGACCAGUUCUCUCCUGCCGGGGGAGAUUCCGAGGAGAAGAAGAUAACAACCUCGUCUCUGCUCUCGAUUCUAGCCGGACAGCAUAUGGUCAUGGUGCAUCGAAUUACUGGCGGCAGAUUGUUCCGGCAAAUUAAAUUCUAUCUAUCUGGCCACGUGUGGCCUUUCUAUUUUCCGCAGUUUACAACUCCUAGAGUAG